CAGACCCUCGCCCGGCCGCGUGGUCUACUGAGCCCGGGGUGGGGAAGAGAGCCCCUGAAGGAGGGCGCUGAAACGGGGGGCACCAGGCAGAAGCCCGACGACAGGUAUUUAGGACCUGGAGGAGCCGGGAGACCCGGGAGCCGGAGGUCGGGCCGGCAGCUUUCUCCCUUGGCUCCUCCGGCUCGGGGCCUAGGAGACCGCAAGCCACCCCCGAGGAAUGCGCGUGCAGCCGUUCCCAUGGCCCGCUCGCCAUGGCCCUCUUCGGAGCCCUGUUUCUAGCGCUGCUGGCAGGCGCUCAGGCUGAGCUCCCCGGCUGCAAGAUCCGCAUCACCUCCAAGGCGCUUGAGCUAGUGAAGCAGGAGGGUUUGCGCUUUCUGGAGCAAGAGCUGGAGACCAUCACCAUUCCGGACGUGCGGGGCCGAGAAGGCCACUUCUACUACAAUAUCUCUGAGGUGAAGGUCAUGGAGCUGCAGCUGACAUCCUCUGAGCUCCAUUUCCAGCCAGAGCAGGAGCUCAUGCUACAGAUCAACAAUGGCUCCUUGGGGCUGCGCUUCCGGAGACAGCUCCUCUACUGGUUCUUCUACGAUGGGGGAUAUAUCAACGCCUCUGCCGAGGGUGUGUCCAUCCACACCGCUCUGCAGCUCUCCCGGGAUCCCACUGGCCGGAUCAAAGUAUCCAACGUCUCCUGCCAGGCCUCUGUCUCCAGAAUGCAUGCAGCCUUUGGGGGAACCUUCAAGAAGGUGUAUGAAUUCCUCUCCAUGUUCAUCACCUCAGGGAUGCGCUUCCUCCUCAACCAGCAGAUCUGCCCCGUGCUCUACCAUGCAGGGACCGUGCUUCUCAACUCCCUGCUGGACACCGUGCCUGUGCGCAGUGCUGUGGACGAGCUCGUUGGCAUUGACUACUCCCUCGUGAAGGAUCCCGUGGCCUCCGCCAGCACUCUGGACAUGGAAUUCCGGGGGGCCUUCUUUCCCCUGGCCGAGGGCAACUGGAGCCUGCACAAUCGGGCGGUGGAGCCCCAGCUGCCCGAGGAAGAGCGGAUGGUAUACGUGGCCUUCUCUGAGUUCUUCUUCGACUCUGCCAUGGAGAGCUACUUCCAGGCAGGGGCCCUGAAGCUGUCGCUGGUGGGGGCCAAGGUGCCCCAUGAUCUGGACAUGCUGCUGAGAGCCACCUACUUUGGGAACAUCGUCCUGCUGAGCCCGGCAGUGAUCGACUCUCCGCUGAAGCUGGAGCUGCGGGUCACGGCGCCACCACGCUGCACCAUCAAGCCCUCGGGUACCACCAUCUCUGUCACUGCCAGUGUCACAAUCGCCCUGGUCCCACCCGACCAGCCCGAGGUCAAGCUGUCCAGCAUGACCAUGGAUGCCCGUCUCAGUGCCAAGAUGGCACUCCAGGGGAAGGUGCUGCGCACACAGCUGGACCUGCGCAGGUUCCGAAUCUACUCAAACCAGUCUGCAUUAGAGUCGCUGGCACUGAUCCCACUGCAGACCCCUCUGAAGACCAUGCUGCAGAUUGGGGUGAUGCCCAUGCUUAAUGAGCGGACCUGGCGUGGGGUGCAGAUCCCACUCCCCGAGGGUAUUGACUUUGUGCGCGAGGUGGUGACGAACCACGCGGGUUUCCUCACCAUCGGGGCUGACCUCCACUUUGCCAAAGGGCUGCGAGAGGUGAUUGAGAAGAACCGGCCUGCCAACACCGGGGACCCCCUAGCACCCAGUGCCCCGCCACCCUCCAUGGCAGCUGUCUGAGUCCUCAACCCCGACCCUCGCAGCUGCAUUCAGGACUCCACCGUCUCUCAUCCCCUCCCUCACCCCAUCACAGCCUCUAGUGUCCUCUAACCCCCAGUGCCACAGAGAAGAUGGGGUUUUAAGCUGUACCCAAUUUAAUUCCAUAAUCACAGUCAUUCCAUCAAUUACAGUCCGUCCACCCUCCCCGUGGGCUGUCCUGAGCUCUGUUGUGUUCCUGGGAUGCGAUCAGUGCCUUGAGGGCAUUCUUCAAGCAGGGAGGGGGCCAGGCCUCACCCCAGUGAGUUAUAAAGUGCAAACUCCCCCCAGACUGUAUAUGUGAGGCGCUGGGGCCAGGUCUGGGAUGCACAGGGCUGCGGAGGCGGGUGGGGUCAGUUCUGGAGGCAGGGAUCUGCCCCACAGGGGCAUUUUGCAUAAAGGAGGACCUCCCUUCCGGCACGAGAGGCUGGGAAGGGCUGGAUCAGGCAGUGGGGGGCUGCUCCCAUGGUCAUCAGUAUGGCUGCUUAUUCAGGAAGCGGGAGAACAUGGUGAGGGCAGCCUGGGGCUUGUCAGUGGGGACCAUGUGUCCGGCACCCUGAAGGGCAAAGCUUCGUGAGAUUCCUUCCCUGUACAACCCCUGCCCUUGGGUGCUUCCUUCAUCCUACUGGACCCCUCUAGCCAGUGACCUUCCUGCUCCCCCAAUCCAUCUGUUUUUCCCAUCUUCCCCCGAAAACUUGCCCUUCCACGGGCCAGAUGGUAACCCAGCAUAAAAGGAGGUCAGAAGGAAAGGACAGGUGGGUCCUGCCCCAUCCCCCCAGCCCCCCUAGUCCUCACCAGGCCCAGGCCCUACCUUGAUGGUAAGAAAGGCGAUGUGGGAGAACUCCUUCACGAAGCCAGCGAUCUGCUCUCCACUGUCCCCGUAGUCCACCAACCAGGGCCGGCGCUGUACCUCCAUCUGCCCCACCAGGAAAGACUUAGCAGCCUGUAGCUGCCCCGUCAUCUCUGCUCACAGCCACCAGCAAGACCUCAGGGGCCGGGAACUCCUCCAGGUUUGCCCCCUCUGUCUGCCAGAGCCACGCUGCACUACCCCUGUACCGGCCCAACCCCAGGGCUGGGACCCCGGGCUCACCUUCUGGUUGAGGGAAUCCACAAACCACUCAUCUCCCAUGAAAUUGCAGGCCAUGUCCACAUCUCCGUUGUACAGCAGGAUCCGGUAUUUCUGAAGCAGGGUAGGUGAAAAAUGGGGGGUUUGGAAUAAGCCCAAACCCCAGCCCUUCCCCAGUUCAAGCCCUACCCCUCAGGGAAUUCAAGAGGCCCAGCUAAACAGCAUAAACCAGGAAACGCUUGUGUUUUCUGACCACUUCCUACCUGCCCAGUGCUCUGCUAAAUGCUUUCCCUAUGAAGGUAGUAGAUACCAUCAAUAACCCCAUUUUAUGGAUGGGGAAAUCAAGUCUCAAGAUAUAUGAGAAACUUGCCCAGAGUCACCUGGCUAGUAGGCUAGUAAACGGACUUGUACUCAGGCAGUCUGACCCCAGAGCCCAUGCUUGAACCACUGUGCUGUACAGAACCUGGUCCUACCGCAGCUCUGCCAGUAUCUCCUAGGUGACCUUGGACAAGGCCCUCUCCCACCUCAGACCCCAGUCUGCCUCUCUGUAAUACGAUCUGACUAGCUCUUCUCACCCUAAUGGCUCCUUGGCUGACGUGGACCUCUCUGCCCCCUCCAGCAGAGCAGCAUAAGGUGGGGACAGAGCCAGGUUCAAAUCCUGACCCUGCUGACCACAGGACCUAGGGCAAGUGACUUCACUUCUUGGAGUUUCAGCUUCCCCUGUCCCGAGUGGCGCCCUGAAGGAGCCCCCACCUCGCCACACUGCUCCAGGGUCCUGAGGCUGCUGGUGGACCCAGCUGUGCUGGCCCCACUCACCUGUGCGGCCAGCAGCUUCAGGUACUGGGAACACAUGGUUUGGUAGAGACGGCGGUACUGGAUAUUCACCAGGAAGCUGCAGGAGCACGCGGGCAGGAAGACCAGGUCCAGGUUGGGGGAGAAAAAGGGACAAUAGAUCAGACGCCCUCCCCUAUCCCCUUCUAUUCCCAAGCUCCAGCCCAAGAGGCAGAUAGCUGGGAUUCAGUCCCUCCUUGGGCAUUUAACCUCUCUAGGACUUAUCUAGAUGGGGGGGAGGGACUGGAAUUCAGAGGUCCCCAACUCUCCUCCAUUUAGAAAUGUACAGGGACACUUUGUUACAAUGGCUGGGCUGCACUGGCAUGAGUGCAUAAGGGCUCGUGCUGACCAAUCAGAAUGGAACUGAGUGGCCCCUGCUGUGCCAGGCGUCACCCUCUUACUUGUAGGGGUCAUAGGAGAUGUGGGCACCUAGGGUGGUACUGGAGUCAGGGAGGGGCUGGGGAUGGGAAUGUCUUUUUACUAAAUACCAUUUAAGUAAUUGAUACUUUAACAACCAAUGUGGCUGCUUAAGAAUGAAGUGGCUGGGACUUCCCCGGUGGUCCAGUGGUAAAGAAUCCGCCUUCCAAUGCAGGGGACAUGGGUUGGAUCCCUGGUCGGGGAACUAAGAUCCCACAUGCCUCGGGGCAACUAAGCCAGUGCCACAACUACUGAGCUCACACGCCUCAACGAGACAGCCUGCAUGCCGCAAACUAUAGAGCCCAUGCGCCACAACUAGAGAGAAGCCCGUGCGCAAAAAAAGAAUGAAGUGGCUGGGGGAAUUCCCUGGAGGUCCAGUGGUUAGGACUCCUGCGUUUUCACUGCCAAGGGCUCGGGUUCAAUCCCUGGUUGGGAACUCAAAAAAAAAAAAAAAAAAGAA